AUGCGCCUUAGUUCUGGUCUUGGUUUCUGUCAUUCAUUCAUGAUACAAGAAAGGCUCCAGACACAUUUCAUUCUAUGUUUAUCGCAACUCGACAGUGCCAGUAUCAAAGCUGCUAGUGCCAUUGGAAAUCAAACUUAUGAAUAUGCUCCUGCAUUUAGAUAUACCUGGAUGAUUGAUAAUUUUUCAAGUUUAAAUGUGAAGAGACACUACUCUGACGUUUUUACCAUCGAAGGACUUAAAUGGCGGCUGCGAAUUUUUCCAAAAGGAAACAGAUUUUUAGACCAGUUAGCUUUGUUUUUGGAUGCGGCUGAUGCGGCCACGCUAUCUAAUGGUUGGAGCCGACGAGUAAAAUUCAGCUUGACUGUUAUCAAUCAGAUGAACUCCACACUUUCUAAACGAAGAGGCACAUGUUACGAGUUCAACUCUCGAGUGACCGUCUGGGGUUGCCUAUCCGUCAUGCCCCUUAAAGAACUUUAUGAUCCUUCAAACGGCUAUCUGGUUAAUGACACUCUUAUUGUAGAAGCCAAUGUUGUCAUCCAAAAGGUUUAA